AUGGUUGAUCACAUCUCGAAACAAUAUAAAACAAUUACAAUUUGUCAUCCAAACUAUCAACCAUUUUAGGUUAUGAUAAAUGAAUAUUCGACAAUAAAAGAAAUAUCAAGAUAGAUUCGUUUAGCAUGGAGAAUAAGUCCAAAAGAGUUACGAUUAUUUAAUGCAAGUGGAAUUGAAAUAUUUUAAGAAGAUUUAAGAUUUUAACCUAAAUAAUCAAAAUUAUGGGCAACAUUGAAUGGAUAGGAACUUGAUUAAAAUAUUAUCUUUCAAGAAUACACAAUUCUAGAUUAAAUUGGACAAGGAGGAUAAGGUGUUGUAAUGUUAGGAUAACAUAAAGAGACAAAAGUAUAUGUAGCAAUUAAGAUAAUAAAAGGAGAUGGAUUUAAUGCAGAUGAAAUAGAUCUAUUGUUUAGAGAAUCAUAAAUACUAAAAUAAUUGAGUCAUAGAAACAUUGUUCAUUUAAUUCAAAAUAUUAUGUUAAAUCAUGAAUGCAUAUUAGUAAUGGAACAUUUAUAAGGAGGAUCAUUAUUAGAUUUAGUAAGAAGAAAAGGACAUCUUGAUGAAAUUGAGGCUAGAAUAUACAUGAAAUAGAUAUUAGAGGGAAUAGAUUAUUGUCAUAAAAAAAAUCUAAUACAUCGAGAUUUGAAAUUAGAAAAUAUAUUACUAGUUUCUCCAAAUAGCAAUUAAGUAAUUACACUAAGCAUUAUAGAUAGAUAAAAAUUGUAGAUUUUGGAAUUGCAUGUUGUGGAAAAGAUAGAAUAAGAAUGGGUACAUUACCAUAUAUGUCACCUGAAUUGAUAUCUGGAUAACCAGCAUCUUAAUUAUCUGAUGUUUGGGCUAUUGGAGUUAUAUUAUAUGCAAUGGUUUUUGGGAAAUUACCAUUUAGAGGAUCUACAAGAGAAGAAAUUAUUUAAGCAAUUAGUAUAUUUAAAUAUACUAUUCCUUAGAAGGUGAGUAAUGAUUUAUUAGAUUUAUUCAAAUAAAUAUUCCAAUAUCGUAACAGAAUAACAAUCUAAGGAAUUUUAAAUCAUCGAUGGUUGAGUGAAAGUCAUGUUAUUCCUGCAUUAAGUUUAUUAAAAAUGUUAUAGGUUUCCACUCCUCUUAAAGUAACAACCAAAAAACCAAAAUCAAAUAUACAAUAAAGUUGUAGAAAGACUUCUAUACAAAAAGAAGAAUCCCAAACAAAUAUUGGAAAUGUAACUGCUAAGCCUAUCAAAAUAGUAUUAAAGUAAAGAUCAGGAAGAGCUAAAAGUUAAUUAUUAUUGAGUAAUUGA